AUGACUCUACACAGCACGCGGUCUCAGAAAGGCAAGCAAGUUGACACCGGUAAACCUAAGAUACAGACGGCACAAGGCAUCAUCAACGACAAGAAAAACGCGCGGUCUCGCAAAGGAAAGGAAGUUGAUACCAAUACAACUCCCUCAGAGCCGGUAAAAGAUAAUGAGGGUGCCGCUAAAGAGCUUCAAAUGCAGGAAGUCUUCAAAAAAAUCCACCAGCUAGCAUCUGACUUGAAAAAUCUCCGACAUGGAGUUGCUGCCCUUCUCGUCGAGGAGUUUGGCAAUGUCCGAGUAGAGUCACUUCUUGGCGAUUUAUCGAAGAUCAAAGGUGCGGUUGACGCCAGUGGUACUACCUUUCAUGCCAUCGUCAAUCUUAUACAAAUAGGAAUCGAUGAACAACAACAUGGCAUUGACAAGGCUAAAUUUAUGAUUGUUGGUAACUCAUCAAAUUAUUGCGAGGAAGAGGGAGAAAAAGAUCUUGAGGACGGUCAUAUUUCUAACGGUAGCGCUGGGUCUGGUAUUCCAGCUGUGCCAAAACGUUUACAGCAGCCUCCACAAAAGCAAGUCGAUGAAUCCCAAACUUCUGUUGUUGAGCCUUCGACUGUCGCAGAUGUUGCCUAUCCAUUGCUUCACCGGAAAGCAGCUAAAUUGUCAGCCCGAAUAACUGAUGUCAACCGUCGUCCAAGUGUCAGUGUAGCAUUGGGCAAUGCUGGAACAUCUUCCGGUGCUGAUUCAUUGAGAAGAUCAUUGAGAUGA